AUGUGGCCUUCCUUGUCACUGUCGGCUUUGUGGCUGGCAGCAUGUGCUGUAGCUGCUGGCUCGGAUACUGGGAGCACAAAUGAGGAGGGAAUCAGGAGUAUACCGCUCCGAACGCAUACAUUGAAUCCGCCGUAUUUAGAUUCUGAUAUGCAAAGCCGAUGGUUUGAUUUUGGGGGGGAUACUGUCAUACGCGCAGACAAAUAUAUACGACUUACUCCAGAUCGAGGUUCACGAGAAGGGUGGAUCUUCUCUCGAGUGCCCCUGACUGCUACCAAUUGGGAGAUCGAAGUCGAAUUCCAGAUCCACGGCAAUGGCAACCUGCAUGGUGAUGGCUUCGCAAUGUGGCUCACCAAACAACGAGCAACACCCGGGCCAGUCUUUGGCUCAACCGACAGGUUCGAAGGGCUAGGGAUCUUUUUCGAUACCUACAAGAACAACCGCCCCGGGACCGUCUUCCCCUAUGUCAUGGCUAUGGUCGGUGAUGGCACCAAGACAUACGACAAAGCGAACGAUGGGAAGGAUAACGAAUACAUGGGCUGCUCAGCGAGAGGAAUCCGAAACGCCAAUGUUCGUACCAAGGCGAGGCUUACAUAUUUCCAAGACAAGAGCCUGAAGCUAGAAAUCCAAUACAAGGCGGAAGAUCAGUGGGAAUUGUGCUUCGAGACCAACGAGCCGCCGACGAUCCCCUCGGUAGCGUACCUAGGUUUCAGCGCCGAGACGGGCGAGCUCAGCGACAACCAUGAUAUAAUCAGCGUCAGCACCAAGAACCUAUACGACACGAAGCGGGCCGAUGGUUCGGCAAACCGAGCAGGAGCCUCGAAGGGCAAGGACAAGAGGCCCGUCAAGCAGGUGGAGAAGAAGGGAAGCUGGGGCUGGUUCUUCUUCAAGCUCAUCCUGUUCUGCGGCGUCCUGGGCGGCGGAUAUUUGGGCUACACGGCAUGGCGGGCGCAGAAACGAAGCCACAGGUUUUAA